CGCCACCAAUAAACCCACCAACGAAAAAAACAGCGAGCCAGCUCCGCCUCCUUCCGAUUCGGCAUUUUCCGUGCCACCUGUUUCCUGGGGUUUUCUUCCCAUUUCUCGCGUCCCCAGGCCACGACCACGACGAGCAAAGCCACCCACUCUCUCCCUCUCUAUCCACGGUUUUUUUUCCUCUUCCACGCCUAAGCGGAUCUGCUCGCUGAGGAAGGGGAAGCGUUUAAGCGCCAAUUGAUCGGGUCUGAGCUGCUGGGGGAGGUGGGGAAUGAAAAUUUGCGAGCUGGGAUACGGUGACGGGAGGCUGGUGGGGCAGGAGGAGGAAGUUGAGGCCAGAGGCAGCGGCGAGGUCGUGAGGCUGAAGGCGAAGCGCGCGCUCGUCGGCGCCGGCGCGAGGGUGCUGUUCUACCCGACGCUGCUCUACAACGUACUGCGGAACCGCUUUGAGGCGGACUUCCGGUGGUGGGAUCGCGUCGACCAGUGUGUUUUGCUAGGCGCUGUCCCUUUUCCAAGUGAUGUUCCACAUUUGAAGAAGCUUGGAGUUCAAGGAGUUGUAACGCUGAAUGAACCUUAUGAGACUUUGGUCUCGACAUCCUUAUACCAGGCCCAUGACAUUGAUCACCUGGUGAUUCCAACAAGAGAUUACCUUUUCGCACCUUCGCUGGAGGAUAUUUGUCGAGCCAUAGAUUUCAUCCACCGGAAUGCAGCACAGGGUGGUACUACUUAUGUUCACUGUAAAGCUGGAAGAGGUCGAAGCACCACUAUUGUUUUGUGCUAUUUGAUUAAAUAUAGAAGCAUGACCCCUGAAGCAGCUUUGGAUCAUGUCCGAUCCAUUAGGCCUAGAGUGCUUCUGGCACCAUCACAGUGGCAUGCUAUUAACGCAUUUGGCACUCUCACCACUGGACUUCAUCCAAUACGAAGUUCAAACCUGGGCUGUUUCCUAGAGGCCACCGAAGCCUGUGCCACUAACACAGAAUUUGAUGAUUACCACGCCAUGGAGUUUGAUUGCGAAGAUGGUGGUUUGCCGCUUUGUCAAGUUAUGCUACCUAGGCCAACCAGUUCCACUGGAUGCAUUGAUGCAGUCCUCAUAACAGAAGAAGACCUUGAGGGCUACGAUACGUACGUUGACACCAGGAAGGAUGCCGUGUUGUUAGAAGUUGUCACUCGCAAGUCCUUCAUGAGGAGAUUGUCCUGCCUCUUUGGAUCGCUGAAACUUGACAGCAAUUGUGAACCAGCCCCAAGCCGGUUCACCGAGGUUCGGGCCUGCUAGGCAGGCUCUUUCGACAGUUUUUCCAUGUUGUGAAUCGCGAGUGUAUUUCUAGAUAUGCAAUUAGCCAAGCUGAGGAGUUUCUGUAGUCAUGGCAGUGCCAUCGGGGGGAAAAGUUGUGUGCAUAGCCAGAGGUUGUAGGCUGUAGAGUGUAGAGUUGUGAAUGCGUCGAUUUUCCUUGUUUUUCCUUCAAAACAUGUGAUUCAUUUGCAUCAUUGUUUCCUCGGAAUAAAAGGCUAAAUGCGUCGAA